AUGUUGGGAACCGCCCCACCACUGGUAAGAGCAAAUUAUGGUGAAGAGUGCCACAUGCAUUUGCGUGUGGAUGCUUUCUGUUUUGGAUUGGGAGAUUUGCCGAAUCCAUUUAAUUCCGUGUGCGUAAAUGAACUUGCUGGUCUGACGUGUGUUGAUGUUGCACACGUGGAUAAACGUAUAAUUGGUGGUACGAACGUAGUCCAAGGCACCUACAAAUGGGCGGUGAAAUUGACUGCUUUGUGGAGUGACCGGAAGGCAUCUACUUGUUCUGGUAAUAUCUUAUCAAAUAAAUGGAUAUUAACGGCUGCUCAUUGUUGUGUUGAUGCGCAACUUAAAAUUGUUCGUUCGGUUGUUGAAGCAGGGAACCCGAAUGUGGCGGUAACCACCUUUGACAUCGCCCUCCUCAAAUUAUCCACACCAUUCGAUCUCACGAGACCCAACGUCAGUACCGUAAAACUCCCCACGACAAAAAAUGCAACGCUGCCACAAGCGAAUGAAGCGGGUGUCAUUGUUGGAUUUGGGUACUUUUUGCAUCCUGACAUAUACCCAACCACCGCUCAGGUGGCCACAUUUAAAGUUAUGACACAACAGAAAUGUGCUCAAAGCUACGGAGUAUACAAUGUGUUCAAUUCUACUUACAACUUUUGCGUUGACGACGAUGUAACUAGACGUGCGGUGAAGAUGGAACAAAACUUUACUCCCUCGGAACUCACCGAGCACACAAUCACCGUUAGUGAAUUGUCCAAAGGGAGCUGUUUUAUUUACGUUCUUUUCAACAAACCUGACCAGCAUUUAUUUGGGCCG